GUUCCAGUGUGAGCGGGCUGUGGGGCAGCGGGACCAGAAGCAGGACCAGGACCAGAAGCCGCUGCUCUCCGGUAGUCCUACAGGGGCUCACACAGGGGGGUUCUCUGCUGUUUAACAAGCUUUCUGCGACAACACAGCCACGAAGAAGAAGAGUGACAGACCGCGGGAAAAUGAUGUCGUAACUUCCUGUGCAAUGAAGUCUUGGCGCGACAAUACAGUUGUAAACAAGAGGAGGACACACAACGACACACAACAACACGCAGACACGAACUCUGUAAGAAACUGAGCCACAGAGAUACUAGAAGAAUGGAGAACAUUGAUACCAACAAUGCUUCUGGUCUCUUGGUACCUGAUGUCAGUGAAGAUUCUGUGGAUAUCUAUGAAGGCCUGGAUAUCGGUUUUAGCAGCGAUGCAGAGAAGUCAUCUCCAAAAGCUUCUCAGCUUAAGGACUCUAUGGAUCUUUAUGAAGAACUUGUCACAGAGGAACAGCAGAGCAGAGAGUCAUCAUACUUGGAGUUGAAAUCCAGAUUCCACGCAGCUCAAAUCCAAAUUAAAGAGUUGCGCAGGAGAGUGGAGCAGAUGGAGACCCAGAAUACAGGGUUGAACACUGAGAACUACCAUCUCAAAAAGAACAUCUCUGCACUAUUACAAACAGCUCGACAGGAGGUGACUCGAAAAGAUGCUGAGAUUCAGAGGUUGAUCCAACAGUCACACAAAGGUUUCCACCAUCACCAAUCUCACAUUAAUAAUCGUCGGGAUCCAAGUUCCUUGAGUCGGACCUCAGCAGGCAGCUCCAUGAGUAUGCCGCCUCCUCCACCUCCCCCUAGUCUUCCACUGCCUCCUCCACCUCGACCAGCUUCACCUCCCAGGGAGGGGGAUCCUCCUCCAGCCUCAAAGAGAGAAAGCAAUGGUUCCACCUCUCACCCCAGUGCAUCCAGCAGGAAAUCCAGCAGCAGUUCAUCAACCCGACACAGUGAGCCAGGCAAACACAAGUCCACGCACAGAGAGGAAAAAUGUCAAAGUCAAAACCUCUCUGAGCCUACAGAUAGGAGACAUCGAAGUGGUUCAGAUCCCGACAGGUCUCACAAAGCAGACAAGGACACAGGACGAAGACAUGACAGAUCAUGUAAAAGCAGGAACUACCUAAAUGUCGAGGGGCGCCACAGAUCAGACAAGUCGAGAACCCCUCCGCCAGAGAUUCCACAUGCUGCCGUUUCUUCUGAUGACAAGAAAGGGAGAAGUCGAGAGCGGAGACAGGAUGAAGCCAAAAUGUCCACACCAGACUCUGAACACAGUGCAGCUCACAGCUCUAAACAGAGCCACAGCCGAGAUCAUAGAAAAAUCCAGACUAGUGACAAACAUGUCGGGAGGAAAAAGGACCGGAACGAUUCCUCUUCGCAUCACCGCGCCGAGCGCUGCAGUGAGUCCUCCAAAGAGAGGGGAGGGAAUAGACUGUCGAAGGAUUAUCAAAGGAAGGAGGAUAGACGACGUGAAGAGGAAGUCAGCAGAAAGCAUAAGAGGAGCACUCUGUCAGAGACGAGCAGAGAACGUGAGAAAGCCAGAGCAAAAGGAUCAGACCAAGGGAGAGUGGAUGCCAGUAGUAAGGAAAAACAAAAAAAGACACAUGAGGCCUCAGAAAGACCAUCCGAAGAACCAAAUAUCACAGAGAAGAGCUCUGUAGAGGACAAUAGUCCAAACAGGAAAUUGUGUUUCAUGGAAACAUUGAAUCUAACCCUUUCACCAAUUAAGAAGCAAGUGUUGCCCGCCAGUACCACCCAGGCUGAGCUCCCACCAGUGGACAAGGUAGUGGAAAAUGGGGCCGAUGAUGAGAGUUCACAACCUAACGUUGAGGACAUGUGUGUGAUUGAUGAACUAAACAGCAGUGAAUUAGAACCAGGGUUGGAAGAUGUUGCAGAUACCUCCAAAAAGCCAAGCUCUGAAACGACACACAAGAGGUGUGAUGAUGGGAAAGAUGUCCAGGAGAAAGACAAAAAGCAGAGUAAAACUCCUGCAGCUGACGAGCAUCGUGAAGACAGUUCAGUCCAAUCUACCUCAUCUCACAGCCAACACCCAGGUGCUGCAGAUAAUCCGAUGGCUGUGCAUCUCGCAGCAACAUUAGCAGAGAUUAGUUCUCUAAAAGCAAGAAAUCAUGAAGACAAAACCCAGCAGGCCUCAGACAGCCAGGUAGAUGAUUGUGGGUCUAUGGAGGCUACAGAUGGUGACAGUGACACGUCCCGACGCAUUUAUGAACCGCACAAAGGCAAUUCUUCACAAAAAGUAAAUCCUGGAAAUGAUAUUGAUCAAUCUGUUGCUAUUACAGACCCCGUUAUGCUUGAUUCAAGUGUAGAACUGAAGUGUAAAAAUCCUAAACCUGCAGUACAGAAAAGCCUCGCUGUGGAUUCAGAAGAUGCAGCUGCUUUGCCCUUAGGAGGGAAUCCUGUAGCUGAAGAUGUUACUGACAAGGCCAACCACAAAAGUCAGCAAAUGUCUGUCACUAUUCUGCCUCAGGACUGUCAGCAAGGACUCCUGGUUUCCAAUUCCAUUCACAAGAAAGAUGCUGGUCGUACGCAAGAUGGUCCUAAAGAUGCAGAUGCUGUAUCCAGUACAAUAAGCCUGGAAUCCCUUCCACAAGAAGGGCUGAGUCUAGCUGAGGCUAUUUACGUUUUAACACAGACAAAUGAAGACACCAAUGACAGCAGUAGCAUCUGCACUGAGCCCAGCUCCUCCACUGGCUGCAUCGCCGUGUCCAAAGUCAGCAGUACCACCGAGGAGACGGCGCUGCCAGAAAAGAACAGGGACCUGACUUUCACACCAAAGAAGAGCUUCACCCCUCGAAAGAGUCAUAGCGUUGAGCCUUCCAGUUCUGUGCCUUUACUCCAUGAUGAGGACUCCAUGAUGCUCACGCUGAGCAAUCUGAAGAGAAUCCCUGAUGCCAUAAGCCCUCUGAGGAGCCCCAUACGGAUAACCAAGAGGAGUCUUCUCCAUGUUCACGGCAAGCCAGGUCAUGUCAAGAGCCUUCAAAAAGAGUUCUCCACCACAGCUGUUGAUGCCGACACAAAGAAGUUGGAUGUAAACAAAGAAAACAAAUAUCCGGGUUCUCCUGCAAACCAUGAUGCACAAACCUUGGUGGAUGAGGUAUCCGACCUGCCUUCAAGUCUCUCUGACACUGAACUGGAGGAAGGGGAAAUUUUCAGCGAAAGUGAUGAGGCGGCUGCAGAUUCUCCUCUUCCUGCAAACAAGAAGGCCAAGUUAGCCCAACCAGUCAGACAUAAACCAAGUCCUAAGUCUGUGCUAAAGAAGAAAUCUAAAGAAAGGUGUGUUGCAUCAAAAGACACUCAUGAAACAGCAGGUGUAUCGACACGAAGUCCCAAGAGUCGUUUUAAAACCGUUUGUCCCGCAGCAACCAAAGCUUCCUUUUCCACCGUAGAGGAAGUGAUGGAGACAUUCAAGGUGGUUCGUACUGAGAUCCGAAAAAAGUACAUGAAGCUUCAUAAAACCUUUCCCAAGAAGAGCUUCUAUGGUGUGAUGGACAAUUUCCAGGAGUCGUUCUUCGAAUUUGUGGACGGUGCUCAUUUUGGUCAAAUAUGCAGUCAGUCAAGGGAGCUGAAAUCCACGCUGAAGAAAUUGAUUGCAUCUGUGUUUGGCAAAGUAUCAAAUAAUGGCAUUGUGAAACGCAUUUUUGAACAGCAAGCAGUCAAUCUGAAGCAAAGGUUGUGGGACUUUGUAGAUGUCCAAGUUGACUACUUGUUCAAGGACAUUUACACGGCACUAAAGAGCCUUUGCAAACCAGCGAGAGCUCAGGCUGAGGAUGACAGGCCCCGUGGAAAUGAGAAAGUAUCCCAACAGCCUCCUGCAAAGAGAACACACUGUCAACAACAGGAUGCACAAUUGCCUCCGACCAGCCUGAAUCGAAUCAAGCCAUGCGCUGUGGCACCUUACAAAACAGGCCUUGGAAGCAGAGGAAAAGAUAUCAGAAUCACACAUGUGGAGAAAGACAGGAGUGUUGAUCCACAUCCAACAAGUUGCCCAAAUACACAAACUGUGGCCAACCACCUUCCUCCAAAAACUAUUCCUUCAACUCCAGAGAAAAGUAACAAAUCUUCUUUGGUUGUCCCUCAAAAUGUCUCUUUGCUUGAGAAAACGGACUUUCAGCUUCUCACAGAACAGCAAGCUUCCAGUUUAACAUUCAACCUGGUGAGAGACACUCAAAUGGGAGAAAUCUUCAAGUGCCUCCUGCAAGGAUCCGACUUGUUAGAAAGCAGUGGCAUCACUGGAGACAGCACAGCCUGGUCCCUCAGUACACCCAGGAAGGAUGGAGAGAGGCUCCUCAGCAUCACCACUCCCACUAAAUUUAACUCUCCGUCCAAACUGCUCUCCCCGACAAAAUUUGCCACUCCCUCAAAACUUAUCGCAACAUGGUCUAGCCUUUCCCCUCGCAAGAUGUUGUCUCCACCAACCAAAGAUCAGAUCCCGCUGAAUCCAGCUUUAUUCGAUGAAAGUUGCUUGUUAGAAGUGCCAUCAGAGAGUAGCACAAUGCUGCAGUCCAGCUUGGCUUCACAGAGGUCAUAUUCCAUUCUAGCUGAAGAUCUGGCAGUCUCCCUCACCAUUCCAUCACCUCUCAAGUCUGACAGCCACCUCAGCUUCCUACAGCCGUCAGGCAUGCACCACAUGUCCACGCCAGACAGCGUCAUCAGCGCUCACAUAAGUGAGGAUGCUCUGCUGGACGAGGAAGACGCUUCAGAGCAGGACAUUCACCUGGCCCUCGACACUGACAACUCCAGCUGUGGUUCCAGCAGCAGCGAAGUACUCGCCACACCUUUCUUGUUCAAGCCUGACCUGCCCAUGCACGCGCUUGUGAUGGAGAAGUCCAAUGAUCAUUUCAUUGUGAAGAUUCGCCAGGCGGCCACAGGAGCAGAUACCAGGCUCACUGCUGAGGAAAGCUCAGGUCAAAUACUAACAGAAGAAAAUUACGUGGACACUAAAGACAGGCGAGCAAAAGCUGUUUUGUCGGACAAAUCGCGGAAUGAGACUCCUUCAAAUGCUGUACCAUCAGAGAACCGUAUGUCUGGGACCGAUGCAGACAUCCAUGUCACUCAGGAUGAGAGCUUAACACUAACAAAAGAUCCAUCCCACGAAAAAGAUUUGUCAACUCAGCAAAAUACCUCAAAAGUUUGUUUUCCUGAGGAUUCACAGAAACUGCCAGAGUCUCUGAAAAGUCAGUCUAAAACUACUCCUUCAGAUUACAGUUUGCCCAACGGUGCUCAAAGCUCUGAUCAUUUCUUUGGACAGAUGAGCCAGGCAACCAGCAGAGAAGAUAUCCCAGCCACUGCUGAUGAGAAGGCAAGUGAAACACGCCACGGAGGAGGAGAGGGGACAACUCUUUCUAAAGCUCUUUUGUUUAAGUCUCAGAAAAGGACCAGUUGCUCCGAAACUGUGGUAUCAGAUAACAGUCCACAUCCGCCUGCUGACAGCUCUGAAACUAAUCACAGGAGCCCAGUGUCGGCGUCACAUGAUUCAGAUGAAAUGCAGGUGUCAGAGAGAAUCCUCGCCAUUGCAGAGGACGACAUAAGCAGCACACCAGAGAGAGAGCAAAGGGAUUGUGACAAAGGUAGGAAACGGAAGAAGCACCAGAAAUCAAAAGCCAAGCGGUUCAGAAAGGAGGAUGAGGAGAGUAGAGAAGAGAAGGAUGAUGGUGAAUCCAAAUCCUCCCCAGCGUCUCUCUCCCCCAACAGUCUCUACGCCAAGAAUGUGAUCAGGAAGAAGGGCGAGGUGGUGCUGGCAUGGACCAGAGAUGAAGAUCGAGCUAUUCUGAUUGGCCUGAAGACAAAAGGGGCUUCACGGGAGACUUUCUCUGCCUUGUCAGAGAAACUUGAUAAGCCGUCAGAUCAGAUUGCUGACAGAUUCUACCAGCUGAUGAAGCUUUUUAAGAAGCAGGAGAAGAUGGACACUUGAUCCCUCUGACUGGGUUAUUGCAAAUAGUUCUUGUAUUAGAGCAUUUCCACACACAAGGUAUGUCGGCUGCUGUUCAUGUGACAUGUUGCUGGAAGAAGUGACCGCAGGGUGGCCCCGUGGGUCACAGGAUGGAGCCCCACAUAUCACAUAACACACAUCUGCCUAUCCAGAUCCCUGAACGGAGCCCUGCAUAGUCCAGCCAAGACAAAGAUGAACGGCCGUUUUAGCCCAGCUUUGUUACUCAACAAAAAGUCCUAAAUCCAGUCACUGCCAGGGAAGGUAUUUUGUUCUGGAUACUGAACUGGACCUGUUCAUGUGGAAAAUAAGGAUU